AUGAAUUUCGUUUUAUACUUUGCAUUAAUAUGUGAGUUAUUCUAUGAUAUUAGAUCAGAAAAUAGAUACGGAUCUCGGGCUAAUCAAAUUGUAGAUUAUAUAAAUAAUCUUAAUACAACUUGGAAGGCUAGUACUAUUCCAAAUUUCCAAAGUUGGGAUUAUGAUCUUAUUAAGAAGUUAAUGGGAGUCAAUUUAAAUGCUACCACUUCUAAAUUGUUUAAUAUGGAAGUUCAAUAUCAUGAUCAAGAUAAAAUACAGCUACCAGAUGAAUUUGACAGUAGAAUUCAAUGGCCAGAUUGUCCAACACUUCAUGAGGUUAGAGAUCAAGGUGCAUGUGGAUCAUGUUGGGCCUUUGGUGCUGUGGAGGCCAUGUCAGACAGGAUUUGCAUAAGUAGUAAUGGAGCCGUGAACGCUCACAUAUCUGCCGAAGAUUUACUCACCUGCUGCGAUAAUUGUGGAUUUGGAUGUGACGGAGGUCAACCACAGUUGGCUUGGGCCUAUUACCGGUCUAAUGGCAUAGUGACUGGAGGACAGUUUGGAUCUAAUCAAGGUUGCCUGCCUUACGAAAUACCGCAUUGCGAUCACCACACUACAGGUAUCUACAAACCGUGCAGCAAAGUAGUAGACACCCCAAAAUGUGUUACUCAUUGCGAGAGCAGCUAUAACCGGACCUACAAGGAUGACAAAAAUUUUGCUAAAAAAAUAUAUUAUGUGCCAUUCGAUCCUAAACAAAUACAAUCAGAAAUUAUGCAAUACGGGCCAGUAGAAGCUAUCAUGAUCGUUUUCGAAGAUUUUUUGCAAUACAAAUCUGGAGUCUACAAACACGUAACUGGGGAUCUAGUGGGCGGCCACGCUGUAAAAAUUAUAGGAUGGGGUGUGCAAGAUAACACGUCCUAUUGGCUAUCCGUUAAUAGUUGGAACCAAGAUUGGGGGCAAAAGGGAUUUUUCAAGAUUUUAAGAGGGACAAAUGAAUGCGGAAUUGAGGCAGAGAUAUAUGCCGGUUUGCCUAACACUGAAAAACAAAUGGCUUCCAGAAAUCGUGAUAACGUCUUUAAUAAAAUUAACUACGAAUUUAUAGGUCCUGGAAACGAUCCUCUGAAUCAUAAAGAAGAGAUCCAGAGCGAUAAUUUUAUUCAGCAGCCUUUUGAAAGUCAAAUCGAAAAACAUUUACUUACUUUGGAAGAAUUCCAUCAAAAUAAUGUUGCCUAAACAAAAUAAUUUAUAUUUUUCCAUUUAUUAUUUUUUUUAUCAAUGAACAAAUUUUCCACUAAUAUAUUGGAUAUGAUCUCAUAUUUAUUCUAUAAAUAUUAUGCAUAUAUAUUUUUUUUUUCAUAUUAAAAUAUUACCUUUGGACUUUUUCCACAUUUAUAUAUAUUUUAAGGCAUAUAGUAAUUAUGUUUUUUGUAAUUUUAUUUAAAAAUUAUUUAUAAAAUGUGGCCUAACUUUUUAUUCGUGUGCCACCCCUGAUGAUUAUACUCAUCUACUUUUUGUAGGACAAUUAUAUUUUUGCAUUAGAUUAUAGUUCUUUAAUAUAUAAAAUGAUUUAUAUUUUUUCUUCACAUUUUAGUAUUUACAAGUUGCAUUUAUAAUUUUUGAC